AUGCAUUCCGCAUCUUUGGCAGUCAAGAUCGUAUAUCUAAAACCGAAUGCAGAUACCUUUCCUCUCGUCUCCUCUCAUCUCCUUUCCCCUCCUUCCAUCCUCACUUGUGCCAAAAGCAACAUGCAUCCCACAAACCGCCGCGGCCGCGGCCAACAAACCCAACCCAUCAUGAUCGACGAUGACGAAACAUACGAUAUCAGCCGUCAACCACGCCGAAACCAUCCUCCCCCGCGCCAGCAACCAAUAACCAACUAUGGCUACUACGACGACGAUGACCAAGACAUGGAAGAUGACGAAGAUGAAGACGACACCGGCGGCAUCAACUUCGACAUAAACAACGACCCCGACGUCCUCCUCGAUCCAGAUAAUAACGUACCAUAUUCGCAUCUUCCCGCACAUGAACUUGUCAACUUUGGACCACCACACCACCGGACUCAUGCUCAACCUCAUGCACCCCAAAGACCACGCCCCCUAUCCGACUACACAUACUCCUACUACGCCCACACCCAAUCGCCCUCAACCCAGCACAACAGCAAACUCCGCACGCGCGCCCGCGAGGACCGCCACGCAGCGCUGUGCAUCCUCCUCGACCGCGAACUACUCAUGCUCCAAGCCCUCUCGCACAACGAGACCAUCCCGCAAGUGCGACGGCGAUUCCUAAGCAAGAUGAUCGCGCCGCAGGAUAACUCCGAUGCGGGCGCGAUCAGGGCGGAGAGGUAUACCAUUCAUGUGCCCGGGAGUAACAGUAGUGGGACGGGGCAGUAUGUGACUGUGCCAAGGGGGGUGGUUGAUGUUUGUGAGACGGGGGAUGAGGGGUGGGGCAAUAAGGAGGGGCAGAGGAGCCAGCCUGCUUCGCCGGCGGCGUCGCCUUUUGGAAAGGGGAAGAGUCGGACGCCGACUCGGGCGAGGGCUUCGACGCCGGGGUCUGCGAACAGGCGGAGGAGUGGUGCGAGGUAG